ACUUGAAGCAAAACAUGGACCCUUCAGCGCACAAGACAGCUGCAAAGGGCAUAGGAUUAACAUCCUCGGUCUGUGCGCUGACCGCCGGCUUGGUCGCUGUUCUUCGAGGCCAGGCGCCGGCGUCGUUCAUCACGUUUUCCGCCUUUAAUAGUGCUCUGGUUUCCGCGACUUUCUUUGGAAUCAGAGAAUGCGUAGUCAGCCCCACAUUGGUAACCUUUCAUCCUGGUAAGCAGUACCAGAUCCGCAAACGCAUGUUCGGCGUCGGUCGGACCUUCGCAAUCCAUGAGGAAGCCUUGUCGUGGGGUGAUAUGAAGACAUCCAAGCUACUAGACUCUGGUAUCAGCGGUGCAUGUACGGGUUCAAUUUUUAACGCGUUCAGACGAGGGAAAGGAGGCGUUUUAUCUGGCUUCACCACUGGCGCAAUAGUAUGCACCCUCCUGCAGUGGGCUUCGAACGAAGUCCGAAUAGCUCGACUGCAAUACAUUUCUCGGGCCUCCACUGGCUCUGUGCCCGUGAAUUCGCAGGCCACAGGCGUCAUUCCUUCCAAACUCUCUUUAAACCAAACACCAUCCGAGCCUCCCCCUUCGGAACCGAAAUCCUUCAUUGAACGCGUCGCCGCGAGGUUCGGCAAGAAGAUUUCGGACGAAGACUAUCUGCGACGAAUGAAGGCAGAAAGAGACAGUUACAUACUACGAAUAGAAGAAUUAGAGAAAGAAAUACAGGAAGACAACAAUCGGUAAUGAUUCGUAUAUGACGCAGCUUACUUUAGUUUUUAAGCCUGGCUACUAAUACCUGAGCGCGGUUCUGCUCCUUCCGUUCCCAACCAAACCUCGGUCACGCCCCUCCCUUCACUGGUCAGACCGCCUACAACAAUCUUAUUCCGGCUUACAGCAAGAGCAUUCGCUUUGGUCACAGCUUUGGUUUGAAGCGACCAUUCGUGUUCCAGGGAAAGCUCUGCGGUGCCGAGAAUGUUGUGCUGAGAAACUUGGCCAAGCAGCGUAACGCUCACAACUCGUCGAGGGCCUAUGCAACUAUUGGCCCUUCCGCGGUUUUGCUGGUGAAACCGGUCUCGGCUUUCAGCCCUUCCCAUUUCUUCUUCUUCUUGCCUGAGGUGCCUGAAGACGCCUUUUCACCACCAAGACCAACCCAUAUGCGACCGUCAGCAGUCCCUCCGGCAGCGACUCCUGCAGGCGAUAUCGCAAGUGACAAGAUGAACGGUGGCGACAGCGAUAUGCCUGAUGACGGAGGAAUGGCACCUAUUUCAUGGCGGGAAAGCACAACGCCUUGCAGAAAAUCGAAGUGCAACAGUGCAGAAUCAUAUCCCCCGCUCACAAGCUCACGUGGGCGGUCAGGUACGAACUUCAAGGUGCCGCAUAUCUGGUUAACUCGUUCAGCUACGUUUUCCGUCGCUGAACUCCGCGAUGACAGACAUUGCUAUGGCGUGUCUUCAUUGACGUGACUUGUCGGGUGGCGAGAUCUAAGACCGAUACAACACCAGAGUCUAGACUGACAGCGAGAUGACUGCCCUUGUCGUUCAGAGUGAUCUCGUUUAAAACGUCAUCUUCUUCCGUCCCCGGCCGGAUCGUAUGCUGAGCAUCCUGGAGGCUGUAUAUCAACUUUUCCGAGGCAAGCAGGAAGUUGUAGACCUGUUGGAUCAAGUCGUUAGACCUCUCCGUUAAUUAUACUCGAUACAAUUCACAUGAGAGCCCGAUGCGACCCAAAGUUCUGGCCUGUCCCCUCGGGGGCAUACCACCGAUGAGACUUCCGCUUUGAGGCCCCUGAUAGCCUUCUCGACCUUGUAAGACCGACUGUUGUAGAUCCGAAC